CCGUCGCGUAAAACUGUAAAAAACCAACUGGAAAUAAAAUCAAACUUCUCCGACUUUCCCGUCUACAGUUACUGUCUGCGGUCUCCCGAACUCAAAAGCAAGUAAUUCCCUCUCUCUCUCUCCCUCCCUCCAGCCUCUAGGGUUUCUUGAAACCACUCCGAUUCAGUCUUUGCUUCCUUCCUCGUUCCCGCCCUCUGCACCAUCAGAACUUAGCCUUAGAAGUUGUUCCAGUCGUGCGAGCCAUGUCGCUGAGGCCAAACAACAACAAGAACGAGAAUCGCCGCAACAAGUACAAGGUCGCCGUCGAUGCCGACGAAGGCCGGAGGAGGAGGGAGGACAACAUGGUGGAGAUCCGGAAGAACAAGCGCGAGGAGAGCUUGAUGAAGAGGCGGCGUGAAGGUCUCCAGCCUCAGCCGGCGGCUCUCCCCGGUGCUAUGGAGAAGAAGUUGGAAAGCUUGCCUUCUCUGGUUGCUGGUGUUAAUUCGGAUAAUAGUACUCUGCAGCUCGAAGCCACCACUCAGUUCAGAAAGCUGCUUUCCAUUGAAAGGAGUCCUCCUAUUGAGGAGGUUAUUCAGUCUGGUGUUGUUCCUCGCUUUGUUGAGUUUCUAGUCAGGGAGGACUUUCCCCAGCUUCAGUUUGAAGCUGCUUGGGCUUUGACAAACAUUGCUUCUGGGACCUCUGAGAAUACCAAAGUGGUGAUCGACCAUGGUGCUGUUCCAAUAUUUGUUCAGCUUCUUGGUUCAGCCACCGAUGAUGUUCGGGAGCAGGCUGUGUGGGCCUUGGGAAAUGUUGCUGGUGAUUCCCCGAAAUGUCGUGACCUUGUUCUGAGUCAUAAUGCACUGUUGCCUCUUCUGGCUCAAUUGAACGAGCAUGCUAAGCUUUCCAUGCUGAGGAAUGCCACGUGGACAUUAUCAAACUUCUGCAGGGGAAAGCCUCAGCCUCCUUUUGAUCAGGUGAGGCCAGCACUUCCUGCACUUGAGCGUCUCGUGUACUCGUCUGAUGAGGAAGUCCUUACUGAUGCAUGUUGGGCGCUAUCCUAUCUUUCUGAUGGUACAAACGAUAAAAUACAAGCUGUGAUCGAGACUGGUGUUUGCCAACGGCUUAUUGAGCUUCUCCUCCAUCAAUCACCUUCAGUGCUUGUUCCAGCCCUUCGCACAGUUGGAAACAUUGUAACAGGAGAUGAUUCUCAGACCCAGUGUAUAAUUAGUCAUGGCGCACUCCCCUGCCUUCUCAACCUGUUGAACCUGAAUUUGAAGAAGAGCAUUAAGAAGGAAGCGUGCUGGACCAUCUCAAACAUUACAGCUGGAAACAAGGAACAGAUUCAGGCUGUGAUUGAAGCUAAUCUGAUAGGCCCUUUGGUUAAUUUGCUUGUAAAUGCCGAGUUUGACAUAAAGAAAGAGGCUGCUUGGGCGCUCUCUAAUGCUACUUCUGGUGGUACCCAUGAUCAAAUCAAGUUUCUGGUGAGCCAGGGGUGUAUAAAACCGUUGUGUGAUCUCCUUGUUUGCCCUGAUCCAAGAAUUGUCACAGUUUGUCUCGAAGGACUAGAGAAUAUAUUGAAGGUUGGGGAGUCCGAGAAGAAUUUGGGACAUACUGAAGUGAACUUAUUUGCUCAGGCUAUUGAUGACGCGGAGGGUCUUGAAAAGAUUGAGAAUCUUCAGAGCCAUGAUAACAAUGAGAUCUAUGAGAAGGCAGUUAAGAUUCUGGAGACCUAUUGGUUGGAGGAAGAGGACGAGACAUUACCUUCUGGUGAUGCUACUACCCAGCCGGGUUUUCAGUUUGGCGGAAAUGACAUCCCACCUGGCGGUUUCAACUUCAAUUGAAGGUGCUUAAGUGUGUCAUGAUGUUGAAGUUGUGAUGGUUGUUAAGAACUGUGGGGGUUGAAGUCACAGCAUAUCAGGGCACCUUGUGUCGUCGGAGUCUGGUCCAGCGUCCUCUCAUGGGUCGAUCAAGAGGUGCCUCAGUUGGUCGGUCGGUCGGUCAUUAGAGUAAAGUGUCAGUCCACAAGGAGUCGGAGGUUGGGAGUGCAGUGUCCGUGUGGCCAAAUCAGCAAUGGCAGUUAUAACGAAAGAAGAGGGUCUGGGUCAGUCGUGUCAGAUAAUCAGAGGGAGGCUUCCUUUUGGUGAACUUUUUUGCAUCACGAAGUUCGUCGGGAGUUUUGGUUGUUUUUAGUAAAAACUCAUAAUAUACAGCUGUAUUUUUGUAUUCUGGUUGAUUGCAUUUGCAUAUAGUUGGCCGCAACGCCACUGGUCACGGUCAGUCAGUCUCGUGGAUUUGUUGAUUCUAUGAGGAAAUGAAAUGACAAUUAUGGUUUUUCCCUGUUUGAGCCUGUUAUGCAUGUCUCUAUCUGAGUCCCACGUCCCUUUCCUUUCCUUUGAUGGCGGUGUCAUUAGUAGUGACAUUUGGGUGAGCCUGAAGAUAAUACUAUGAUGUAAUGUUUUCGUGCGAGUACUUUUCGUUUGGUCGUUGAAUAUCCGAAGAGUUGAUGCUCUUAACUUCAUGAGUCAGUCAUCAACUGAAUCCUUGUGAACACAUCUGUUAAAGUGAAUGGAAUUGAGCAUAUUUGACAUCAU